UCGACUGACGAUUUUACUACAUUUUCAUUGUCAUCAGUGAUUCCAUGUGGCUUGCUUUUCGAGCACAUGCUUCUAACAUUCAUACUUGAACAAUCUAUCGACCACAGUGUCGCGUUCAUUUAUUUUCCUACCUAUAUCGCGGCUUUGAUGUCUAUACAGUAGUGGUGUUUUAUUGUUCCUGUGUCCUGAAUAGUGCUGAACUCAAAAUUCUGUGUUAUAGGCAAUCAAGGGUCGGGCCUUCGAUGGGAAAAUGAUUUUUUCCCGUUUGAAACAACACACUUGAAUAUGCAUGUCUAUUAUAUGGUUUUAUGGGAUUACAUACAUUUGAGCAUGAGUAUACAUGUAGUUUAAUCAAUUAAUCUUUAAUAUUCUCCAGAUUACCCGUAUGAAGAUCGCACGGAAUCCAUUUGCAAAGGGUUUUCGAAAAGCAGGAACAUGCAGAAGUUCUCUGGAAGCCAUGAUGGCCAGCUUUCGAGUUGUGCUUGACGACAGAAAGAACACAACACCUCCGCUCAAGAGGAAACUGUCCGAGAUGGACGAGGAAUGCACAGAUGCAAAGUCAACAGACAAUCACGUUUCAAUAUCUGCCAGGCAAUCGUCCUUCUCGACAAACAACUUGGCAUGUCUAAAUAUAUCCGGGAGCUGCUAUUCAGAGUCACCAUCUGUACCAGCAUUCUACCCGUCGUUUCGCGGACCCGUUUCAACGCAGGGCUUGCAAACCAACACCAUAUCUGCCAGCUCUCUUUCAACUUUAUCAACAGGCUUCGAUUAUACGAAACAGGGUAUGCGUCCAGUUUUCAUCUAAAACCAAACAUUACCGGUCUAUGUUCCCUCCUCGCGAAUACAGGAAGUGCAUCCAGCAUUCAGACUGUCCUCGUUCGCCCAUAUUGAUCCACUUAUUCUGGACGCUUAUUACAAAAGUUUACUAUCAUACCCAUCUAUGCAAAAUAUUAUGAUGUGUCCUCAAUCAAUGAAACUAGUCAAUCAAAUCGACACGAAACACGAUGAGUUCGGACACAAUGUGUCAAACGCCUUUGAUUCAAUUCACGAUGACGGAGAGAUUGUUUUAA